AUGAUGUCUGGCGAAGCAUGGCUGUUUUUGCUGGCGGUGUUGGUUAACGCCGUCAACCUGUUCCUGCAGGUCUUCUUCACCAUCAUGUACAGCGAUCUGGAAUGCGACUACACCAACCCCAUCGACCUUUGCAAGAACCUCAACAAGUACAUCAUUCCCGAAGCCGCCGUCCAUGGAUUCCUCACCUUCCUGUUCCUUAUCAAUGGCUACUGGGUACCUUUGAUCCUGAAUCUGCCUCUCCUCGGAUGGAAUGCGAACAAGAUCAUCAACAACACCCAUUUCCUUGACGCAACCGAGAUCUUCCGAAAGCUAAACGUCCACAAGAAGGAAUCUUUCUUCAAGCUCGGUUUCCACCUCGUCAUGUUCUUCUUCUACCUCUACAGCAUGAUUGUCGCUCUUAUCCGUGACGAGUCCUCCUAA